AUGAGCGCCGACACUCCCAAAUCUCCUCCGUCCGUGGACGAGGCCGCUCUCAAGGCCCAGAAGACACAGGAGGCCCAAGACGACGAACAAAUCGAGCGAACUCUUAGCCAACUUCAAAACGGUGGUGAUUUGGGCUUUAGUCUCGAUGACCAACCUUUUGACCAGACGGACAAGGCAGACGAUGCCCAGGAUUUCGAGGACAUUAGUGACGAUGACCUUCCCGAAGAAGAAGAAGGCAAUGCCGCCACUUCCCUAUCUGUCCCUGGCCUCACUGAUGACGGAGGGACGAGUAAUGAUACCGACGAUCUUUUUGGCGAUGGGCCUUCAUCCCCCAUCGAAGUACCCGGCCCGCCAUCACCAGCUCCUCAUGUUCACGAUCUCGACAACGCCGAUGCGUCGCAAUACCGAGACAUCAACUUCGAUCCCGAACCUGGUUAUGAGGCGGCAAACCAGGACCCUGACAUUCCGGCCCCUGCAGAAACAGUGGAGGAUUUGGUCAAGCAGGCGUGGCCAACAUGGCAAAAGGGCGUUAUCCUGAAAUGGAACGAGCUUCUCCCCCCCAAGAAAGCGCGAUGGAUUGAGAAGAAGCCGGCUAAGAAGCCAAAGACAUUGAUUUUCUCCAAGUUGACUCUCGAUCUUGCCGCCGAUCAAGAGAAACUCUUCCGUAUUCCUGGACCCGCCGCUGCGACCCGAAAGCAGACGCGUAUAGACGAUGCCGCCAAAGGAUUGGUGACUUGCGCCAUGCAAGAGUCAUCAGAUGAGGCCGAAGCCGAAGAGUUCAACCUCGAGCAAGAAUCUGAUUCGGAGGCCGUAGCGGGAUUCACUUUACAAGAUAUCGAAAUGGUUUGCGAUGAUUGGUCUGUUCGUAUUGAACAGGCAGAGCAAGAUUUUAAAAACCAACAGGCCGCAGAAGCAGCGGCAGAAGCGGCGGCAGCAGCAUCGCUAAAGCGCGCUCAUGAUGACGCUUUUGAUUUUGACUGGGAGGCUGAAUUCAUGGAUGAUGAAGAGACCAAACCGCCUCCACCAAAGAAAACGCGCCCUCCCCCGCCGAAGGGAUUACCGGAGAUACCCCGCUUCACCGCACCCUCGUUCGAUUCUUUCGAGGACGUGACCAAGCGUUCCUCCAAGCGGGUUAUUCUCGAUUUGAAUGACCCAUACCUUAUUUUGGAGGAGGCUGAUAACCAGCGCGGCCCUAAGCGCCAGCGCGUCGAACAAAAACUUACACGAAUGGCCAAUGGCCACUUGAGGCCCGACCUCUCGCAGCGCUUUAAUAUGUCCAACGACGACGCAUAUGAAGCAUUGAAAGAGAACCACCAGCACAAAGUCAGAGCGACUCUGGGCAAUCUUGCGGUGGAGCACAGUAUGCCUGCUCUCAAGCUGGCAUGGCCGUUUUACAAGGUCAAGUUGGAUAUCCGCAAGGAUGGCUUCCAUCGUCCCUACUUCAAGUUUGGCAAGCAUGAGCGCCAGAUGAUCAGGUUCAGCAAGCUUGGCUUCCAUAAGCGGAAGCAGAUGAAGGGCAAGGCUCAUGAGGUCUUCCGGACGACCAAGGACCUCGGAAUCACAGACAACUCUACAGCCGUGUUGUUCGAGUACUGCGAGCGAACACCUCCAGUUCUCUCUAAUUUCGGUAUGGGAAACCGCGUCAUUAACUAUUAUCGCAAAAAGAAGGUGGACGACGAGGAAGCCCCGCCGAAGAUGGAAAUUGGCGAAUCCCAUGUUCUGCUACCCGAGGACAGGUCUCCAUUCGCAAUUUUCGGCGAGGUAGAAGUUGGACAAACAAUGCCCACUCUCCAUAACCAGAUGUACCGAGCACCCAUCUUCAAGCAUAAGCCACGCUCUACCGAUUUUCUCUGUGUCCGAAGCUCAACGGGCGUGGAUGGAUCCAACUGGUAUCUUCAUAAGAUUGACCAUCUUUACGUCGUCGGCCAAACUUUCCCAUCCGUCGAGGUUCCAGGACCUCAUAGCAGAAAGGUCACCAACGCUUCCAAGAACAGAAUCAAAAUGAUAUCAUACCGCAUGAUGCGACGGAAUGAGCACAGCCUUGUUAACCUGUCUGAGGUCACUAAACAUAUUGCCGACUCGACAGACGCCCAAAACAGGCAGAAGCUCAAGGAAUUCUUGGUCUACGCCAAGGUUGAAAAGGGUCUUUGGGGACUUCGGCCUGGAGAGACCCUUAUGGACGAGAAUUCUAUUCGUGCCAUGAUCAAGCCUGAAGAUGUUUGUCUGAUCGAUGGUAUGCAGCUGGGCAUGCAGAUGCUAGAGGACGCUGGUUUCGACCCCAACAACGUUAACUUGGAAGACGAUAAUGACGAACCUGCCGAGGAAGACGAUGACGAUCGCACUGGCAAAGGCGGCAAGAAAGCUGCCGAGAAGAACGAAGAAAAGCUGGCGGACAAGAUGGCGCCAUGGAAGACUAGCAAGGCCUUCAUUGAUGCAUGUGCCGGCAAGGCUAUGCUCAAACUCCACGGGCAUGGUGAUCCAACCGGACAUGGCCUCGGUUUCAGCUUUAUUAGGACCUCCAUGAAGGGCGGCUACCUUGAGACUGUUCAGAAGGGCGGAUCCCACACUACAGCAGCUGAUGCAAUGGCCGCACAUCCCGAUGCUAUGCGCAAGGCGAACAAUGGACAUGCGUAUAAUGUAAAAGAGCAAGAGGCCAUGUAUAGGAAAGGCAUCCGUGAGAUUUGGGAAAAGCAACAGGCCAGUCUUGAGGACGGAUCAGAGAAGGACGAUGACCUUGUGGUUCCACCGCCAGCAGACGAGGACGAUCGAUUAUACCCGCAGAGAGCGCAGACCCCAGCACAUGUUGACGAGGGUAUGAGUCAAAUUACCGGACUAACAACGUCUACAAGUCGAAAUCAGCGAAAGCGACUCAAGAUCACCCGUGAAGUUAUUAAUGAAGCAGGAGCUGUCGAGCAGAAAGUUGUCAUUCUUGAAGACCCUGUCGUGAUAGAUCGUUAUAUCAAGAGAAAGAAGGAGUUGGAGUUGGAGGAUUUCAAGUACGAACUCCCACCGCGCUAUCCCCCUCCUGAUCCCCUUUCAGGUCUAUCAUUCAACAUCCAUGCGCUUCCUACUCACAUAAUCUCGUGCAUAGUAUCUACGAAGGACGCCCCACUGGAGUCGCUGACGACGACCACCGCCGCCUGGUUGAGUAAGGAGUAUCCUUCAGUAGAUGCGGAGCACUUGAUUGACGUCCUAGCAGAAUUAAUAAAGAACUUGAGCGACUCAACAGAAACAAGCAGCGACGAAUCGGACGAGAGCAGCAGAAAGGACUGCACCGAGCCAAAAGCGGGCUUGAUGCAGGCUCCCCCGAGGCAGAUCGGGCUGCCACUGGUACCACUCGCAAGUGUGCCAAUUGUGGACAGGUCGGCCACAUUAAAACCAACAAAAAGUAUUGCUCCCUUUGUUCUCAGUCUUCCCCCUCGUCCAACCUCAGAUCUCCGGAGCUUGUUCAGACUUGGAGCGCAUUUCAAACUUAAGCAAAAUCUGCUGCGCAAGCGUCAGAUCAGGCGAGCUCCGCAAAAGCCCGUUGCUUUAAAGCAAAAACUUGGACCUCAUGGACAAGAAACAAGAAGCGCCAGGGUCAAAAGCCUCGAAGACCCAAACCCCGAGGUGUCCAAGGGACAGCCCAAGGCAAUUCUGAAACCGAAGGCCAAAAAGUACAAGUACAACAAGUACAGUCAUAAACCAUACUGGCUUUGUCCUAUGCUCAACGGCACUAUGAAGACCGAUAACGGCAUCGCAGAACAUGGCGGCUUCGGAAUGUAUAACGCUCCAGCUGCAAAUGCUGGUUCGCCCGGGCAAUAA